AUGGGUGGAUUUUAUGUGAAUAAAUUCAAAUGUGAUAACACAGAACACAGAACUAUUAAAAACUCUCAAGUGUCAUCCCAUAAAGUUCAACAAAAAUCUCAACUUACUGUAAAUGCAAACCCAAGUAUAUCAAGUAAUACAACAUUGCAUAGACUUGAGUCUCAAGAAGCAUUAGCGAAUGCCUUUUAUAAGAACACUACUUCAAUCUCUUUGGAUCUUAAUAGUAAUGUUUUACCAGUUGAAACUUCAAAUAAAAUGGUUGAACAAAGCAUGAAUAUAGAGAUACAAGCAAUAUGUAGAAUUGGUGACAAAGAUUAUUGGAGUAAUUACAAAGUAAUUAAACUUGGUCAUUAUUCUCUUAUUUCUAGAUUUACUCACAAACAUAAUGGUAUCACAUAUCAGAUUCCUGAUAAAUAUGAGGUUGAAACUAGUUUAGCGAGAUUGUCUAUAAGAUGUAAAACUCAAUAUCAGCAAGAUGGUAAUAUUAAUUAUAUGAUUAGUUGGAUAAAUUCUUGUGGUAAUACAUUAUCAAGCAGUAGUACAACUUCUGUGAGUAAUGUUGGUGUUAAAUUUUUAAUGGAUAUUUGUAAUAAAUUAAAUACCUGUAUUUCCAGAAUAUCUCUAUUUGGAUUUGAUAUUGAUUGUUUACAUAAAGCAAGAAUGGAAACUUCUACUAAUCACAAGCAUCCUUAUACAGAAUUAAAAUCUAAUUUACAAAAAAGACAAUGUAUUGUAUUGGUAGCAAAAGAUUUAAAGAUUCAAGUAGCAAAACUUUUUUGUAAUCAUCAAUUUAUUAAUUCAUUAGGUGCUAAUAUAAUAAGUCUUGAAUUAGUAAAGCUUAGAAUUGCAGAUCAAGAUAUAACCUGCAAUUAUCAGCUUAAGAAUAAAAAAUAUUUAGUUGAACAGCAAUAUAAAGAUAUUAGUAAUCAAAUGAAGAAACAUUUACCAAUAGUUUUAUUUACUAUCAAUCAAGAAUUAGAAUUUGAGAAAGACAUUGUAGAAAAUAGAGCUAAUAUAAAUGUAGAUUUGAACAAUCAUAAAACUGAAAAUGCUGUUUAUAGAUCGAUUAGAUCUUUAUUAAUGAUUUUAGUGCCAAUUUUAACUGUAUCUAAUCCAGUUGUUCUUUAUUCUGGUAAUAAAAUUAAUUUAAAAAUUAGUAGAGAUGGUCGAAAUAUUAGUAGAAAACAAAGUCAUGUAAUACUAGCAAUUAGUAUAUUAAAUGAAGCUAAAGCAGUAUUAAAUCCGAAUCAUGUGUAUAGAUAA